AGCUAACGCUGCUGUUGCUGCCUUGUGUGCUACUUCCUCGUUAGUGAGUAAGGGAGUCGGUGUUGAGGGCAAAAGCGCCCAGAAGUUUACCCCCUGGAGAGAGUAAUACAUGUUUAUUUAUCUGUUCAAGCUGGGCUGGAUCUGACGAGGCUUCUGAAAAGUUUAACGCGAGCCUGGUUGAAGGAAAAUCAGCGGGAUCUUGGAUGAUGGCAGGCGGCUUGGUGGAUACUCUCGUCGCGGUGUCCUGCUAAAGCUAGCGGUUGAUAGCUAGCUAUCUUUAGCUAGCUAACUAGCUUGGAUUAGAGGAUGAACCGGCUCCAGGCUCCAGAUUCUGUUAAUUCAGUGGUUUAACUCCGAUGAAGAGCUACUUUUGACGGAUAUUUAUUUGUGGAGAGCCGGUGUGGUGUGCUGAGAGCGGCUGAAACGCGGCUAGAGUCUGGAUAAAAAGCUAGACAUUUUAACUAAGAUAGCUAAGCUAAGCUAGUGUCGCCGCUGGGAGGCUCCUGAUUUGAGCUGCUGCUGCUGCCUGUAGCUGGCAGCUAAGCUAACAGCUAGCUGGCUAACUAACUAACCCCAUAGCUAGCUGCGUGUAGCCGCUGAAGUCCGCUUCCAAUGUUCUGCUUUGUUUGUCGGGACCGUGGGGAACCGGGCUCUCAGCACACGUACAAGUACACGUACACGUCCACCACCCUCUUGUAAAUGCCUAACCCGGAGAUUUCUCACGACGGCCGGGGAGGCGGCAGGAGGCGCAGCAAAGCGGCGAGCACGACGGUGGCGGGCAGGACGGCGGCGAGCACGGCGGCUAACUCAAGCUCAAGCCAGCGGGAGCGGCACAGAGACAAGCAGCGCUCCGCGUCCUCCUCCCGCCGAAGAAAGAGGCACAAGCGCGGCAGGGAUCGAGAGCAGUGGCUCGCUGCUGCAGCCGCCGCUGCUGCUGCCGGACGGCGUGUGGAAAGCCUAGACGGCGAGCGCAGGGGGGUGAUAUUUGACGGUGAAGGGGAUGAGCUACACGGGCUGGUGGAGUACGACGAUGUGAGUUCGCAGUCUGAGCGCUUCUCUGGGAGUCCUUCACCCAGAGCCGAGCUCCAGGAGAGCAGCGUUAACUUCACCGGCGCUUCGCCGCCAGAGAGGGACAGAGAGGCGGGAAGGGAGACGGGGACUGCGCGGAGGUCACGGAGGGAAGCUGAGGUAUCAUCGCGGCAGGCGAAGCGGGACGACACCGGGGCUUCGUCCGAGAGGGGUAGUGCUAGGUCUGGAGAUCGAGAGGGCAAGAGGAAAGAGCGGUCAAGCCGAGACAGGGACCGAGGCUUGAUGAGGAACCACGACAGCAAUGGAAGAAAGUCCUCAGCGGACAAGCGGGACUCCAAACGGCGCAAGAGCCGCAGCAGGUCGGACAAAAGUAAGAAGGAGCCGCCGUCCGCGUACAGAGAAACCCCGCAGGCCUACAGGGAUGAGCGUGAGGAGUUGCGGGCCUAUGGAGCUUCCUACACGUACGGAAGCGGCUACCAGUCCCCCACAUACAACCAGCUCAUAUCGAGGAGAAGCCCCACGUAUGGAACUAAAAGGCAGUCUCCCAAUUCCACUUACUACAGCAGCCGUGACACGGAGCUCUACAGCGCCUACGUGGUGACCAAGUCGCCUAGCUCACACACGGCCGCUAAGAGGAAGCGCUCGCCGGCCAGCCCGUACGCCUGGCGCCGCUCCCCGAGCUAUGGGCGCCCCAGCCCGGCCUACGAGCAGUGGGAGAAUGCCUCCAGUCCAUACGGGAGAAGAAGGUCAAGAAGUCCUUACCGAAAGAGUCUGAGUCCAAGUCCAGAGCUGAGGCGUCCAGGGAAAUCGCGGAGCCGGAGCCCAUACACGUCCACGCGCCACUCGCGCUCACGAAGCCGCCACCGCCACUCUCGCUCCCGCAGCCGACCCUCCAGCCUAUCCCCCAGCACACUCACCUUCAAGAGCAGCCUGGCUGCUGAGCUUAGCAAGCAGAAGAGAGCCAAGGCUGCAGAGGCUGCUCGUGUCAAGAGCUCCAGCAACGCCUCCACACCUACCAAGGGUUCCUCCUCUUCUUCCAGCGCCCCCCAGCCUAGCCCUAUCACCAACCAUGCAGUCAAGAAGACACGGCCCCCAUCCCCACCGCCAGUUUCUGAGAGAGGCCCCAGAACACCCACAUCAAGCCAGCCGCAGUCCCCUGUUGAACGCCCUGCCAAGAGCAGCUCAGAAGCCCCACUGCCAGGCAAGGAGGUCAGGAUAAAAGAGGAGAAAAGGAAAAGCCAGUCCUCUCAAGGGAAGGAGAAAGAGAGAGGGAUCACUCCAGUAUCCUCACUGUCCUCCUUGCCUCUACCCCCUAUUCUCCUAGAACACAUCGAUGGAGCUGAUAGCUUGAAGGAAUCCUUAUCAGCACACUCAGGGAAGAAGAAACCAGACAAGAAAACUCGCCACCUUCUCACCGACCUCCCGCUCCCACCUGAACUCCUGGGCAGUACUCUUGGGUCACCUCAUAGCCCACCAGAAGAGAAAAAGACCCCCACUUUGCGCAGAAGACCCAAAAUAUGUGGGCCACGCUUUGGAGAGAUUAAGGAGACUGAGAUUGAUUGGGGCAAGAGGUGUGUGGACAAGUUCGAAAUCCUUGGGAUCACUGGUGAAGGUACCUAUGGACAAGUGUACAAAGCCAGGGAUAAGGACACAGCUGAAAUGGUGGCCCUGAAAAAGGUCAGAUUAGACAAUGAGAAAGAGGGCUUCCCCAUUACGGCUAUAAGGGAGAUCAAGAUCCUGAGGCAGCUCAACCACAAGAGCAUCAUUAAUAUGAAGGAGAUUGUCACAGAUAAGGAAGAUGCCCUGGACUUCAAGAAUGAUAAAGGGGCAUUUUACUUGGUGUUUGAGUACAUGGACCAUGACCUGAUGGGACUUUUGGAAUCUGGCCUGGUCCAUUUUAACGAGAGUCACAUCAAAUCCUUCAUGAGGCAGUUGCUGGAGGGCCUGGACUACUGCCACAAGAAGAACUUCCUGCACAGAGACAUAAAAUGCUCCAAUAUUUUGCUCAAUAACAAGGGGCAAAUAAAGCUGGCAGACUUUGGUUUGGCCAGACUCUACAACUCAGAGGAAAGCCGGCCUUAUACCAAUAAGGUGAUCACACUGUGGUACCGUCCACCUGAGCUACUGCUUGGAGAAGAACGGUACACUCCUGCCAUUGAUGUUUGGAGCUGCGGGUGCAUUCUCGGUGAACUCUUUACCAAGAAACCCAUAUUUCAGGCCAAUCAGGAGCUGGCACAGUUGGAGCUGAUCAGUCGUAUCUGUGGAAGUCCUUGUCCUGCUGUUUGGCCAGAUGUGAUAAAACUCCCAUACUUUAACACCAUGAAACCAAAGAAACAGUACAGACGCAGGCUACGUGAGGAGUUUGCUUUUAUUCCUCCAACAGCGCUGGACCUGUUUGACCACAUGCUGGCUCUGGACCCCAGCAAACGCUGUACGGCAGAACAAGCACUUAACAGUGACUUCCUGAGAGACGUGGAUCCAGCCAAGAUGCCCCCACCAGAUCUCCCGCUUUGGCAGGACUGUCAUGAGUUGUGGAGUAAGAAGCGUCGGAGGCAGAAGCAGAUGCCAGAGGAGUUGGUUGUUCCAAAAGCUCCACGCAAAGAACUGGGGAUGGACGACAGCCGCAGUAACACGCCUCAGGGCUUCUCUACUGCAGGAGUACACAAAGGCCCCAACGUUGCUGCAGCUGCUGCUGCUCUGCUGGACCCUAAAGGUCCAAACUCACAACUGACCCAGGAGCAGUUAGCCAUGCUUCUGAACCUGCUUCAGUCGAAGAGUGCUCCACUUGGCUCUGCACAGCUCUCCCAGGCCAUGGGUUUCAAGAUGAACCCAGAAACUCUACAGCAGCUCACCAAGUCUCUUCUUCCUGGAUCAGCUGAACCUGACAGACCCCCAGAACCUCUUGUACCUCCCCUUUCGCAGUCUAAGGCACCUAAACCACCCCAGCCUGGCCUGACAGUUGGUGGUGCCCCUCGAACCCCACCCAUACCCAAACCUCCGUCACCCCCGACACCUCAGCAGCAGGGCAAGCCUGAUGGAGAAUCCUCGGCUGCAGUCACGCAAACUGCUGUCACAAUGCUGCUUGCUCAGCUUCUCAACGUUCAGCAGAGCACAGACGUCAUUGGGACUGAAGGACCAGAUGGAGCCAUUUCUGCAGUGGUUGGAGGGGCAGCUGCAGCCCCUCUACUGUCAACAGAGAUUAAACAGCCCAGCCCAGCCUCACCAGUCACAGAUGGGAGUGGGUCAUCUUCUAGACCCCUGGAGCCUCUGUCCAUUUUACCACCUGACCAGAGACCCCCAGAACCUCCAGAACCCCCUCCAUGUUCAGAUUUGGAUUACAGACAAGCCCCUGACACAAAGCAAAGUAUGUCCUCCUCCAAAGGAGGGGAUGCACCACGACCCCCUGAGCCGGACUAUCCUCCCCCACCUAGAGGUGCAGAAGGACCUGGAUACAGGGCAGAUUAUAGCCGGCCUCCUCCACCUCCCUUUCCUCCUACAGGCUUUGGAGACAGCUACCUCAGCCACAUGAUGGGAGCAGGGAUGCCUUCCCAUGCCCUGAGGGAGGCUUUUAGCAGUAGUGCAAAUGUGGCCGCCUCGGCUCCCGUCACCUCCGAGCCUUUCGCUCAUGGAGGAGCACCAGGUGCCCGGAGUACUGGUGGGGGUUCGGGGGGAGGUAGUGGCAGUAUGGUUUUUAGUGGAGACAAGGACCAUCGCUUUGAGUACAAUCACAGCCCUAUACCUGUGGAGGGCACCUCCCAUCCCACCAGCAUACAUCUCUACAACCCUGCUAUUGGCCAAAAGGAUGGAGGACCCCCGCCCCCUUCCAUACCUCCACCCCCUCCAGGCCAGGCCUGGAGUUCACCCUCCCAGCAAGGAGCCCCACCUCUCCCACUUGGGUAUGUCCCACAUUUGAACACUGCAGCACUAAGAGGGAGGGGACUCCCUUACUGACCGAUGUCCGAGCCUGGGAGGAAUAACAUGAGACUCAAGCCUCAGAAAAGGAAGACUCUAAAAGACGGAAGCAGUUGCUGUCCCUCAAGCCAGCACUGAGUGCACUACAGAGGCACACUUAGUUUGUAAUAAUUCUAACGAUGGCUGCAGUAAGGGGCACUCCAGUAGACGAAUGUGGCUUGAGUUACAACUGGAGGGAUGAGUACAGAGGGGGAAAAUUUUAUUUUUCCUCUCGUAUAUGUUUUAUAUCAUCUACCCCUCUCUCUGAUUUGGUAAUCUAUCCUACUGCUGUCUUUUAAAUUAAAAUUUUACCUUUUUUGAGUGUACAUUUACCAUCCACGGUAAGUGUUUUUAUUCUCUGUACCUUAGUGUCUCCUUUAAUUACAUAAGGACAGACUAGUAUUACAACGUUUUGCACUACUGACUUAAGUAGGCAGAAACAAAAGGUAUGAAAUGAAUGGUGUGCUGUAUCUGCACAAAAUGGAAUGACCAGUAAUGUAGUUUUUUUUUCUUAUAUAUUUUUCCCCCAAAUUAUUAAACUUUGGUGGGCUCAGUCAGUUUUUCACUGGAGGGGCUUUUUAAAAAAGGACUCCAGAGAGAUUGGCAGCACUUGUGUGAAUAGCCUUUUUUUCAGAAUCGGUAUGUCUACUGAACAACUGAAUGGAACAAAGCUGUAUUUUCUCACCUGUUCCACCAGCCGUUGUCUAUAGCCAUUGUAAAAUGAGACUAAAAGACACUUAAUCCAAUUUCAAAAAGGAGAGGAGCUGCAAUGUUUUUUGUUUUGUUUUUUACUAAGAUGUUUUUUUUUUCCUUUUGGCAAAUGUUUAUUAAAGAAAUGCCAACAAUGUA